ACCACACAAUCAUGUGAGGUAUUAGUACAGUGGUACCUAGCGCCAGCUUGGUGGUCGCCGAUGCUGGGGAAUCAAGCUGAGAAAUUCGCCUGCAUGGAUGCAGCCUCAGGAUCAGCUUUGUCAGAAUUGUUGCUCUUCCGCCCAUGAUCAAUCACAAGAACAGCCCUGAGCUUGGCAGCUUCCAUUUUCCCAGAACAAGCAUUAAGCCCCGUGCCAUUUUCGUUGCUUGUAUGCAAGCUUGAGUUGAGGGAGCGUUCAACGUCCUUUCCUGGUGCACAAUCAACAUUCUGAAAGGCGCGCUGCUAAAAGCUCUCUCGGAAUUUUUGAUCAGAGAAAAAAGAACUCAUGACAAGCAUUAUAAAGGAGACACUCUAAGCCCUCUUCACCAUGAGGCUUCUAACUCACAACAUGCUGGCGUGUAACAUCAAGGGGGUGACCAAGGGCUAUCCACUAAAAAUUGAAGCCACAAAGACUGAAGAAAAGGAGACGGACUUCAAUGCUGGGUUUUUGAGGCACAUUUACCCAAAGCUGGACUGGAAAGCAUUGCGAGAAGCAGCUGCCAGCUUAGGGCUCGAAGAACUGCCGGAACAGGUGGAGCCAUCACAACUAGAAGACGAGGACUUUCUUCGAAGAUUUCACCAUGUACUGCUUGAGAUUCAUCUUGAAGAGGGGGCGCUCGUUUGCCCUGAAACGGGCAGACGAUUCCCUGUGAGUAAAGGAAUCCCCAAUAUGUUACUAAACGAAGAUGAAGUUUGAAUGUUACGGGUACAUGUAUAGUCCAAAAAGUGCAUUGAAGGCAGAAGCUUCUCAUAGGAGAAGGCAGAAGUGACGUCCGCUGGUAUGCUUCUCACCUUUGGGAGGAUUGGGCAUUGCUAGGCCGGGAAAUGAAUUAAGAAGCUUAAGCCGGGCCGUAAUUGUACGUGAGCACAUCUUGUGCGAAGCCUCCUCGUUUGGCAAGUCUAGGUUGUCAAUUGCUUACGUUGGUCUCUUGACGAUUGGGGUGAGGCACCGCAAUAGGAGUGGAAUCAAGAUCCUCUGGAUGUCACAUGCAUCUUUGAUCGAGUUUGCUUGACGUCCGCCCCAAGCCAACUUGAACGCAGUGAACGACCACUGCCAUCAUCAUUCUUACUCUUGAC